UUUUUUUCAUUCCUAUACAAAACGCCAGUUUGAUCGAACGUCUGUGCUCGACGUCGGCAGAAUUGAAAAAAGAUAGAUAAAGUAGGACACACAAGAAGUGAAGUGUAACGAUUUAUAUAAAUUUUAGUACAUUUAAUUAACAAAAGCAAAACACAAAGAUGUCUAAAGCACCUGCUGUUGGUAUUGAUUUGGGAACCACCUACUCUUGCGUGGGUGUCUUCCAGCAUGGCAAGGUUGAAAUUAUUGCCAACGAUCAGGGUAAUCGUACCACACCAUCGUAUGUUGCCUUCACGGAUACGGAGCGUUUGAUUGGUGAUGCCGCCAAAAAUCAGGUGGCCAUGAACCCAACUCAAACUAUCUUCGAUGCUAAGCGUUUGAUUGGUCGCAAAUUUGAGGAUUCCGCUGUGCAGUCGGACAUGAAGCACUGGCCCUUCGAGGUCGUCAGUGUAGAUGGCAAGCCCAAGAUUGAAGUUGUCUACAAGGAUGAGAAGAAGACCUUCUUCCCCGAGGAGAUCUCCUCCAUGGUGUUGACCAAAAUGAAGGAGACCGCCGAGGCCUACUUGGGCAAGACAGUGGCCAAUGCUGUCAUCACUGUCCCCGCUUACUUCAACGAUUCGCAGCGUCAGGCGACCAAGGAUGCUGGUACCAUUGCCGGAUUGAAUGUAUUGCGUAUUAUCAAUGAGCCCACAGCGGCUGCUAUUGCCUACGGCUUGGACAAGAAGGCUGUUGGUGAGCGCAAUGUCUUGAUUUUCGAUCUGGGCGGUGGUACUUUCGAUGUGUCCAUUCUGUCGAUCGAUGACGGCAUCUUCGAGGUCAAAUCGACGGCUGGUGAUACCCAUUUGGGUGGUGAGGAUUUCGACAACCGUCUAGUCACUCACUUCGUGCAGGAGUUCAAGCGUAAGCACAAGAAGGAUCUGACCACCAACAAGCGUGCCCUUCGUCGUCUGCGCACCGCUUGCGAGCGCGCAAAGCGUACCCUGUCCAGCUCCACCCAGGCCAGCAUUGAGAUUGAUUCUCUGUUCGAGGGUACCGAUUUCUACACCUCGAUCACCCGUGCCCGUUUCGAGGAGUUGAACGCUGAUCUGUUCCGCAGCACCAUGGACCCCGUGGAGAAGGCUCUCCGUGAUGCCAAGUUGGACAAGUCGGCCAUUCACGAUAUUGUGUUGGUCGGUGGUUCCACCCGUAUCCCCAAGGUGCAGCGUCUGCUCCAGGAUCUGUUCAAUGGCAAGGAGCUGAACAAGUCCAUCAAUCCCGAUGAGGCUGUGGCCUACGGCGCUGCCGUCCAGGCUGCCAUCUUGCACGGUGACAAGUCCCAGGAAGUGCAGGAUCUGCUGUUGCUCGAUGUUACCCCAUUGUCCCUGGGUAUUGAGACCGCCGGCGGAGUGAUGAGUGUGCUGAUCAAGCGUAACACCACCAUUCCCACCAAGCAGACCCAGACCUUCACCACCUAUUCGGACAACCAGCCCGGUGUGCUCAUCCAGGUUUAUGAGGGCGAGCGUGCCAUGACCAAGGACAAUAAUCUCUUGGGCAAAUUCGAGUUGUCGGGCAUUCCCCCAGCACCACGUGGUGUGCCCCAGAUCGAGGUCACCUUCGAUAUCGAUGCCAACGGUAUCUUGAAUGUCACCGCCUUGGAGCGUUCUACCAACAAGGAGAACAAGAUCACCAUCACCAACGACAAGGGUCGUCUGUCCAAGGAGGAUAUCGAACGCAUGGUCAACGAGGCCGAGAAAUACCGCAACGAGGAUGAGAAACAGAAGGAAACCAUUGCCGCCAAGAACGGCUUGGAGUCUUACUGCUUCAACAUGAAGGCUACCCUCGAUGAGGAGAAUCUGAAGACCAAGAUCUCGGACUCUGACCGCACCACCAUUUUGGACAAGUGCAACGACACCAUCAAGUGGCUGGAUGCCAAUCAACUGGCCGAUAAGGAAGAGUAUGAGCACCGUCAGAAGGAGCUCGAGGGUGUUUGCAACCCAAUCAUUACCAAGUUGUACCAGAGCGCUGGUGGUGCUCCCGGCGGUAUGCCCGGUGCUCCCCCCGGUGCUGCUGGUCCAGGUGCCGCCCCUGGUGCCGGAGCCGGCGGUGCUGGCCCCACCAUCGAGGAGGUCGACUAAAUCAAUCGAUCACAACCGCAACAAACAACAACAACAACCACAUUCAAAAACACAUACAAAAAUUAGCCUACAUAAAAUAUUUUCAAUUCAUUAUAAACACACACUUGGAUUCUAAAUUAGAGACGACGACAACUGCUUUAUAUUAGACUCACAUACAAGAACAACUGCUAAAUAAUAUAUAUUAUAUUAUUCAUAAAAUUAUUAUAUAUAUAUAUAUAAUAUAUCAUCGAUCGAUCAUCCAAACCAAACAAGAAAAAAACAAAACAUGCCGCAAAUUAAACAUUUGCUUGUAUUUCAAUUAACAUAAAUAAAAAUUGUGAAUUGCAAACACUCCAAAAAAU